AUGUUCGGUUUCUUCGGGCGGCCGCGGAAUGAGGACAAGACGCCGCCCAAAAAGAACGCAAACAAUCGACCAGCAGCGGCCACCAAGAAACCGCGAACCGCGGGUGCUGACGUGGCACCGGGAGCAGAAGGCGCUUCGGAUGGAACCGAUGUCGGGAGCGUCUUAGGCGAGUUAGGUAUUGCGGUUGAUGACGGAGUCACCGCGGAGACUCUGCGCGCGCAGGCGAAGGAUCAGCGCGCCAAAGCUUCCGCGAUGCGCGAGGCGGGGCUGUACGCGGGCGCGCAGAAGGCGCUGAAAGCCGCUCGCGAGCUUGAGAAGCGCGCCAAGGACAAGGACGACUCCGCCGCAGUCGCCGCCGCAACCGCCACCGCAACCGCCGCCGCAACCGCUGCCGCGCUUGCGGGCGCGUCCCGGGAGGCGGAAGAGAUAGCGCAGGAAGCCAUGGCGCGCGGAAACGCGCUUGGCGCAGCGGCUGGCGCGCGCGGGGCGGGAGGGAAACGCGUAGCGGCAGCGAGAUCUCGCGAGGCGGAAGCGGAGGCUCGAUCCGCGGGUGCGGGGAAAGCGGGCGGGGCGGGUAAGUCCGGAGCUGCAAGCGCAAGAGCAGGGGAGCGCAAGGUCGCGGCAGCGGAAGGCGUGAAGGCGGAGCGGAAGGGGCUAGCGCGGUUGAACGCUGGUGGGGACGACGACGGGGAGAUUAUGGCGCAACUGCGCGAUCUGGGUUGGGCGGAACCAGCGGGGGGAGCUGGCGGCGGGGGCCUUUUGGCCGGACUUGAUGACGUGGACGGGGCGGCGGCGGAGCAGGACGAGGUGAGCGCGGCGCGCGAAGCAGCAGAAGCGCAGGUAUUGGACCUAAAGCGCAAGGCGAGGCAACUUAAGGGGCAGGGGCAGGUUCAAGAGGCGCUGGCGGAACUAAGAAAGGCUAAGAAGCUUGAGAAAGAAAUAGAAGACGGUUCGUUCUUAUUAAACCUAGCGGACGGCGCGGAGGGAGGGCAUGAUGACGAGGAGAAACGGCUGCUCGCCAGUCUCGGGCUGACAAGUGUCGAUGACGUGGCACUAGUGGAGGAGACGGAUUUAAGGAUGGGGGGGAUGGGGAGAGGUGGCGGAGGUAUGGGCGGAAGAGGCGGAGGAGCGGAUCUAGACCUGGCGCAGAUUAUGUCUUUAAUCGCUAAUAUAGGAGACGAGGAGGAGGAGGAGUGGGGAGGAACGGGGAUAGAUGGUGUUUCUGGAGGGGGUGGAGGGGGGAGGAGGGGAGGGCGGGGAGGGGGUGACUAUAUGGGAGGUGCUUAUGAUGAUGGGGAGUGUAUGGAUGAACUGAAGGCACUUGGGUGGGAAUCAGAUGAGGAAGGGGAUGAGGGAGAGGGAGGAGGAGAAGGAGAGAAGGGAGGGGAGGAGGAAGAAGAGGAGGUGGAUGUAGCAGCAAUGCACGCAGAGGCGUUGGAUUGGAAGAGGAAAGCGGUGGGCUUUAAGAGAGAGGGGCGGAUGGGAGAGGCGAUGGAGGCUUUAAGGCGCGCCAAGGGCCUAGAGGCGCGGAUAGAGGCGGCUAUCAUGCUGGGCGCGGGAGGGGAUUCCAUGGGCCGUGAUUCUUCUAUGGGGCGUGGUGGUGCUGCUUCUGCUGCAGCAACGGAGGAGGAUGAUCCGGACAUGCUUGCUGCUCUCGCUGCUGCUGGGUGGGUGAGAGAAGAGUCAAGCAAAGCAGAGGAGGAAGAAGGGAAAGAGGCGGCAGAGGUGGAAGCAAGUCCUGCCGCCCAGGAGCCAGAAACUGCCGAGGAACUUGAGGCGGCGGCGCGGGAGUGCAAGCUAGCUGCUGUGGGGCUGAAGCGGGACGGGAGGCUCGGAGAGGCCUUGGAUCAGCUGAAACGAUCCAAAGCGCUGCAGGCUCGGGCAGACCAGGCUCGGGAGGAACAGGCUCGGGAAGUGGAUGUUGGUGGGGAUGGUGAUGGGGAUGAGGACGAGGAUGAUCCGGACAUGCUUGCUGCUCUCGCUGCUGCUGGGUGGGUGGGAGAAGAGGCGCGGGAAGCAGGGAAGGAAAAGGAGGAGGCUGCAGAGGAGGAAGCAGCAGAGUCAUUACAUGAAGAGAAGGAGGGGGGAGAAGGCAGGGGAGAUGGAAGGAGAGGAGGAGAUAGGACAGAUGUAAAAGGAGAAGGUUUGCAAAAUGAACAAGGGGAGGAGAAAGUGGAGACAAGCCCUGCCGCCCAGGAGCCGGAAACUGCCGAGGAACUUGAGGCGGCGGCGCGGGAGUGCAAGCUGGCUGCUGUGGGGCUGAAGCGGGAAGGGAGGCUCGGGGAGGCCUUGGAUCAGCUGAAACGAGCCAAAGAACUGCAGGCUCGGGCAGACCAGGCUCGGGUGGAACAGGCUCGGAAUGGAAAGUCUGAGGAAGAAAAUAUCGGAAACUGUGAGAGGACUAGAGAGGUCGUUGGUAGUGGCAGCGGCGUUAGUGGUGGUGGUGGUGCUUCUGCUGCUGCUGAUGAUGCUGGUGGCAGCGGCGGUGGUGGUGGUGGUGACACGAGUCAGUUGGGUGCAGGAGUGGAUAAUGGAAAGCCCAGUUUUGAUGGUGCUAUUGGUGGUACGUUUGGUGGUGCAGAUACGAGCCAAUUGGGAGCUGCAGUGAUUGCUACUAGCAUGGCGCCUGCUGUUGCUGCAUUGCUUGCUGCCAUGCAACAGCAACAGCAGCAGCAGCAGCAGCAGCAGCAGCAGCAGCAGCAGCAGCAGCAGCAGCAGCAGCAGCAGCAGGGAGAACAGGAGCUGUUGAUAGGAACAUCAAGAAGCAGGGAAGUAUCACAGAGUGCAGUUGACACAGCUGAUGCAGUUAAUGGAGUUCUUGCACCUGAUGCAUUCAAGCCCUCUGCAGCAGCAGGAUCAAUGCGCAGCACAGCAGCAGCAGCUACGGAAUCAGCAAGAGAAACAGCCGCAACAGCCGCAACAGCCGCAACAGCAGCAACAGCCGCAACAGCAGCAGCAACAGCAGCAACAGCAGCAACAGCAGCCACAGCAGCAACAGCAGCCACGGGAACUGCACAAAAGGAUGGAGAAGGAAGCGAGGGAGGGGAGAGCAGCAGGGAAGAGAUGGAGGCUGAAUUGCAGGCGUGCAGGAGAAGGGCGGUGGGUUUCAAGAGGGAGGGUAAGCUGGGGGAGGCAUUAUCUGAGCUCAAGAAGGCAAAGGCACUAGAGAAACAGCUGGCAGAGACAGGUGGUGGCAGCGGUGGUAACAGUGAUAACAACAGCAGUAACAGUGGGUUCAGCUGUAACACUGGCCGUAGCACCGCUGCCAGUGCUCCUGCUGCUGCUUCUCCUGCUGCUCCUCCUCCUCCUGCAGCUGCUGCUGCUGCUGCUGCUCCCAAGCCCUUGAAACCUACAGCACCCCAGAGACGACCCGCCCCUCUUCCUCCUCCCUCCUUCAUGUCCUUUGGUCUAGAGGAGGAUGAUGAUGAUGAUAUGGGUAUAUUCGACGAUGCUCUCAUGGCGAACCUCCGUAGCCUCGGACUCGCCGGACCUGCUCCAGGCGGCCGCCAGACCAGCCAGCCUGCUUCGGCCAAACCUGCUCCGGUCAAACCCGCUCCAGCCAAACCUGCGCCUGCUGCCAAGUCAGGUGGUGGGGUGAGUGGGAGUGGGAGUGGGAGUGGGAGUGGGAGUGGGAGUGGGAGUGGGAGUGGGAGUGGGAGUGCGGGUGGGGUUGUGAGUGGGGGAGAAUUACAGUCGCUGGAGCAGCAGGUGAUGGAGCAGAAGAGGCGGGCCGUUGAGCUGAAGAGAGCUGGAGACACGGCGGGGGCCUUGGCUGCUCUCAAGCUCGCCAAACAGCUGCAGGCACAGAUGGGUUGA